AUGCUUCUUCGUCGCCCCUUCCGCUUUCGAGGAUGCCUCGUCACAAAGUCCGAACGCAAAGCAGCUCGUCUAGCAUCCACUCUUGCUCCUUCUGUCGAUGACAAGGCUCUUUUGAAUCUUUUUCACGCCUCUAACAAGCCCAAGAGCGGAACGACCAGCGGGCUGUUCAAGCACCCGCAAAUGUCAACUCCAGAGGCAUUCCUACCAGUUGCAGCAGCCACCAUGGCACGUGCAAACUAUAUCGUGAGGCGGAUAGUCACAGCCCAGGACGAGAAGGAAACACAGCGCAUCGUUAAGAACAUUGACCGACUGAGCGACCUCCUCUGCGGAGUGAUUGACAUGGCCGAACUUAUACGACACAUGCAUCCAGACAGGGCUUGGGUCGACGCAGCGAACAAUGCGUAUGACAUUUUGUGCGAGUAUAUGAAUGGGCUCAACACCGACGUGGAAUUGGCAGCGGCUCUGGACAGGUUCAUAGAGAACCCGAGCUUCAAUACACUCCCGUUUGAAGCUCGUCAGACGGCACUAAUCUUCCAACACGACUUUAACAAGUCAGGAGUGCAUCUCCCGAAAGAAAAACGUGAUAAAUUUGUUCAACUCUCGUCCAACAUCAUCUCCCAUGGACGGGACUUUCUCCAAGGCAUGCACGCGAGAAAGCCCUCAGUCACCUUGACGCGGGAAGACUGUGAUGGUGUGCCCGAAGGGAGUCCUCUUUGGAAACUCUACGCGCUCAAACGUGGGAUGCGUUCGAGUAUCUCCGUCGAACCAAAUUCAACAGAGGCUCGACGCGUGCUCAAGUUUUCCACAAACGAUGACGCGAGGAGAAAGGUUUAUGUUGCGCAGAAUACCAGUCGCGUCGAAGAGAUUGGCGUUUUGGAGCACUUGCUCCGCGAUCGGGCAGAACUAGCUAAAUUGGUUGGGCAUGAAAGUUAUGCGCACAUGCUACUCCAUGACAAGAUGGGACGGAAUCCAGAAAAUGUCCAAAUGUUCUUGAACAGCCUGAUGAAUUUUUCCCGGCCGCGAGCUCUCGCAGCUUUGGAACUGGCCAAGGCGGCAAAGCAAAAGCGUCAAGGUCUACCUGCACCUCCCCAAAUCCAAGCAUGGGAUCGCGAGGCCUAUUUCCCCCCAGAACCCCUAGAGCCACCUAUUCAGCUGCCGGUCCUCACACCUGGAAUCGCCAUCUACGCCUUUUCGCGGCUGCUGAGAAACAUUUAUGGGAUCUACCUCCGACCAGCAGAGGUUGACCGUGCGGAGGUGUGGCACGAGGAUGUUCGCAAGCUCGACAUUGUCGACGAAUCCGAAGGCGUGAUCGGAUGGAUCUACCUCGACCUUUUCUAUCGCAAUGGCAAAGCGAGUGGUGCAACUCACUAUACUUUGCGAUGUUCACGUCGGGUCGACGACGAUGAUGCAGAGAGCGACUUUAAUCCUGGCGAACAACGAGAGCUGACGCCCGAGAUGGAGCGCCAGUGGGUUCUGACGACCGAGGCCCAUGUUAGCUCUGCCAAAGUAGGUGCACAUCAGCGACCUGCAGCUGUGAUCAGCUGCGAUUUGCUGCCGGGAAGAGCCAAAGAGAUGGACUGGCAAGAUGUCGUGACGCUGUGGCACGAACUCGGACAUGCGAUGCACUCAAUGAUUGGCAGGACAGAAUAUGGCAAUGUCGCGGGAACACGCUGUGCGACCGAUUUUGUGGAGCUCCCUUCGAUUCUCAUGGAACAUUUCCUCACUUCACCCGAAGUACUCUCCCUCUUCUUCACGAAUGAGAAAACGACCGUCUCACCGGAGGACAUGCCCGUGGCACAGAGAGCAGGUUCACCAUUCCAGGCCAUCGAGGCACACAACCACAUCCUACUCGCAUGUCUAGAUCAACACUAUCACUCUCGUGUCGCACUCUCACCGCACUUUGACUCUACCCACGAGCUCAAGCACAUCCAAACAGCAUAUGGCGUCCUGCCGUACGUCGAGGGGACAUCUUGGCAGACGUCGUUUGGCCACUUGUUCAGCUAUGGUGCGAGUUACUAUUCAUACCUCUUUGACCGUGCGAUCGCGUCGCGCAUCUGGGCCAAAAUCUUUUCCAACGGUCCACUACAACGGGAGAAUGGCGAGCGGUUUAAAAACGACGUGCUCCGGUUUGGGGGUGGCAAGCAGCCAUGGGAUAUGGUCGGUGAAUUGUUGGAUGAGCCAAUGCUCAAAGAGGGAGGAUUGCACGCGAUGCAAGAGGUUGGCCGAUGGGGAGUUGACGACGUUGCGGCUGGAGGUCCGUUGGCUUGA